AUGGCUGGCAUAGCUUGCGUAUGGGCGAAUAUCCCAGAGGGACGCGAAGAGUGGUACGAGAACGUACACCUACCUUCACUGAAUCCACACAACGCAAAGCAUGCUUUACAUUGCGAAGUAACAGCGAGUGGUAUGGAGAAUGAGCCAGUGGGAAGGUUGGACGCGCCAUGGCCUUACAUGACCGUAUGGGAAAUAAAGAGUGUCGACCAAGCCAACAAAGACAUGUACGACGCACAAUACCAUCCACCAAAUGCCGAUUUGCAGGCUUCGCUCAAAGGCCUACUUCUUGAUCUUCGGUCCUAUCGGGAAAUCAAGAGUUGGAAACAAGACGACUGGUCCGGUGACGGUGGUGGUAAGAUCACGGGUGCGGAUAAAGCCGGCGAUGACGGACUAAUGUCGAUAGACAUCGAAUACGUCGCAAGCGUGGCGGCAAUGGAGUGGAGCGUACCAGCCGACAAGGAAGAGGAAGUCAUGAAAUACUACAGAGAAGUCGUCGGCCCCACAAUAUCUAGUUCACCAGACGUACUGCGGUUUCGCCUCUUCGAGGUUGACAACGCAACAACGAUGCAGGGCGGAAAGUUCGAGACCAAAGACAAGAAAGAGCUACACAGAUACUUUACUCUCGUCGAGCUAGAGUCUGAGCAGUGGCCAUGGGACGUGGUCGUCGAUCUCGCGGAGGACAAGGAAUGGAAGGACUAUUUCGAGAGUCAGCAAGUAGUGAAAUGGCAACUUAGUCACUACUUGAUGAAGAGGGCGUAUGGCGUACCGGAAAGCAAGGCCUCUGCAUCGAGCUAA